GUUACAGUAACUGAUCCAACGAUUCAAUGGACAACUAUGAAGCUUCUUCUGGAUCUGCUGUGUUUGGGUCUUCUGUGUUUGACCGGAAAAACACUUUGUGAUGAAAACGGAGACAUCGACAGCGAUGGAGCUUCUUCCUCUUCUGUGUCUCUGCCUCCUGACUCACUCUGGAAUCACGUCUGCUCAAACAGACGCACCAAGGAGAACAUUGAGUCUAAACUCUUUGACUGGAGGAAAGUUGCUCAGAAAGAUGAUGGUGAGAAGGAGGUGUUCCUGUAUGACUCAGGCAUUCAUUACAACAACGGUCUAGAUGGUCAGAGUGAAGAGUUCAAAGGUCGAGUCUCUCAUUUUCAAGAUGCACUGAAACACGGCAACGCCUCCAUAAUCAUCAGAAAUACAAAGAUAUCUGAUAAUGGAGGCUACACCUGUUAUUUUCCUCGUCUUCAGUCACCUCAAAAACUCAACAUUAAGCUUGUUGUUGAUCCUAUCUUAAAAGACAGAAGAGGGGAAAAUAUCAGAGCUCCAAAACCAUCUGUCACAAUACGUAAAACUGAGGAUGGAGUGCUGCUGCAGUGUAAAGUUCAUGGCACUCCAAAACCUAAAGUAGAGUGGCAGGACAUUGCUGGAACCAUCCUUACUGCUGAGGAGCUCCAGGUCUCAGAAAGAGAAGGCCGUUUCUACAUCACUCUCACCGCUGCUGUGACCAGGGCUCACUUCUAUCGCUGUGUAGCAACACAGAAGACAAUCAAACAUCAGAUUUCUACAUGGAUUUAUGUCAAGGUGUACAGCUCUGGACCGCAGACACAUCCUUCAGGGCUCUCCACUGGAGUGAUUGUUGGCUUAGUUCUUCUUCUCCUUCUUCUUCUUCUUGCUGCUGCUGUUCUAGCUGUGCUGGUAUACAAGGGUGACAUCACAUUAAAUUGUAAUAAAGUCAUCACAGUGGAAGAAGGCAGUGAUGUUACUUUACCCUGUUCACUCAGCACCAAGGAGGACCUUCGGUUAGAAGUGUUCAUCUGGCAGAAAACUGAUAGUCUUCAGAAGGUGUUCCUGUAUUAUAAGGUCAUCUUUACAGUGAUAAACUUGGAGGUCAGAAUGAGCAGUUCAAAGGUCGAGUCUCACAUUUUCCAGAUGAACUGGAACAAGGCAACGCCUCCAUAAUCAUCACAAAUACAACGAGGGAUGACAGUGGAGAAUACACCUGUAUGGUUUCAUCAAUUCAGAAAAAAGAAAAGAAAAAGAAACCUAAAAAAUUAUACUUUAAGCUUGUUGUUGGUUCAACUCAGAAGAAGGAACGUCAUCCAUUAAUGAUGGAAGAAAGGCUUUGAUAAAGUCUGUGUUGCUGGAAACAUUUAUUUUGUCUUCAGUUAUUUUAUGCUUGUGUUAUAUCACAAUGUAUAGGCUCAUUGAUUUAGUCUUGCAGUUCUAGUUGAUUGUGUAACUGUGUGUAAGACUUGUACAGUAUUCCUGUUCCAGAGGUGUGUAGAGCAGAGAGGACCAGGUCAACAUGAUGAUGCUCUUAUUGUUAUGGUUUGGGAUUGUGCCUUGUAUUUUGGUUCUAUUUCUGUCUUGUUUGUGUUGUGUAUUCCGGUUUGUUUCCUGUUUUAUUGUGAAAGUCUGGUUUUCUGUCUUGUCUCGUCUAGUUCUACUUCCUGUGUUUUCCCGCCUUGUCUGAUUGUCCUGUCCAGCCCUGAUGUGUUUCACCUGCUGUAUCUCCUGUCCAUCAUUUGUUCAUUACCUCAUGUAUUUAACCUCUGUGUUCCCAUUGUCUCGGGUCAGAUUGUUUUGUUCCUGCCUGUGUUAUGCCCGUCAGUUGGUGCGUGUUAUCGCCUGUUGCCGUUGCUUUUGAUUUCUCCCUGUGUGACUUCGUGAGUUUUCCCGUCUCUGUACUGCCAUUUUUAGUUGGAUUAAAUCCUGAAGUUCAAACCUUCUCCUGCCUGCCUGCCUCUCCCUGCAUUUGGGUCCUCUAUCUACCGCUACUCACCACACUUAUAAGUCUUGUAUUUUUGUAUUCAGACAUAAUUACGUUUGCUGUGAUGAUGUGAAGUGUGAAAUGUUGUGUAAAAAAGGUUACUUCAUUUAAUUUUUUUUGUUAUUUUAUGUUGUGUUUUAUUACAGUUGUUUGCUCUUUAGACAAUCAUUUCUUGCUUGUGUAUUUAGAAGAAUAGUAAAGGCUGAGAUGUGGUAUUGAUCUUUUUAUCUAACUCAGUGAGAAAGUGAAUAAAGUGCCCUGGUGGCUCAACAGGUAGACCUGGUACUUUAGGCUGAGUCCUCACCACAGUGACUAUGGUUUGAGUCCACCACAGGGCCCUUUGCUGCAUGUCAUCUCCUGUCUUUCCUGACUGUCUCUAUCACUAUCUUUUAGAAGCAGAUACGCUGAAGAAAAAAGUAUUUAGAAAAAAGCCUCUCUGUACUUGUGUUCUUGAACUAUUUAUGUUAGUUGAUAAUAAAGUGCCUUUUAUCAUUUAAAUUUAAAUGUAUUCAAAUUAUACUAUUCAAAAUCUUUAAAACGUCAAUAUUGACAUUA